CAGCACCGGCCCGCGUCCGGCCGCUCGCCGCAGCCGUCCGGCGGCGGCGGCGGCGCGGCGGCGGCGAGGGGGCCGCCGCAGCGGCAGGCGGCGGUGCCGGGCGGGGGGCAGCAGGGGACGGGGCUGCUUGAUGCUCCGUUUGGGGUCGACGUCUGA